UGAAAUCUCCGAUUAGCUAAUUUAUAUGCAAUCAUAAUUUAGUCAGGGACUAACCGUAUGAAAAAAGCUGCAAACUGCGAAGUAAAAGUAUGUCGCGUGACGUGUCCUCUCUGUCUGUUUUGGAGGUUGUCAGUUUCAUAGGCAAAGGAGUUUGCGCAGGCGCGGCACUGACAGCCGCUCUCUACCUGCUCCGCAGAGUGUGUUUAAUAAUGGCCUGGAAAUCUGGAGGAGCCAACCACGCAGAGCUUGUAAACAACCUACGCAAAAAUGGGAUCAUCAAGUCGGACAAGGUCUAUGAAGUCAUGUUGGCCACAGACCGAGGCCAUUUCUCCAGAUGCAACCCUUACAUGGACUCCCCACAGGCAAUAGGCUAUCAAGCAACCAUCAGUGCACCACACAUGCAUGCCUAUGCGUUGGAGCUUCUGUACGAUCAGCUGUAUGAUGGGGCCAAAGCUCUGGAUGUGGGGUCUGGCAGUGGAAUCCUCUCUGCGUGCUUUGCACGAAUGGUAGGUCCCAAAGGGAAGGUGAUAGGAAUUGACCACAUCAAGGAACUAGUAGAUGAUUCUAUAACCAAUGUAAAGAAAGAUGACCCCAGCUUGAUAACAUCAGGUAGAAUAAAACUAAUCGUGGGAGACGGCCGGAUGGGCCAUCCAGAGGAGGCGCCUUACGAUGCCAUCCACGUGGGCGCGGCAGCACCCAACGUGCCACAAGCACUCCUGGAUCAGCUGAAGCCAGGCGGCAGGCUGAUUCUACCCGUGGGGCCGGCCGGAGGGAACCAGAUGCUGGAGCAGUACGACAAACUGGAGGACGGCAGCACCAAGAUGAAGCCCCUGAUGGGGGUGAUUUACGUGCCUUUAACAGACAAAGAGAAGCAGUGGUCCAGGUGGAAGUGACUUCCUACUCCCUCUCUCCUUCACACAGUGGGCAAAGGGAUGAACUUUGAGGCGACAAACUGUCCAUAUACCACAUUUUCAAUGUGAGCCUGGAGGAGACGACUUUGGGUUCCAACAACAGCCAUUGGAAUUCAAAACAUAAACCAUGGUGAUUUUGUUUUCUUUAUCAUGCUGAGGAAUAACCCCUGAGGUUGGGAAAAAUACUGUUAGAGAUUGAACAGAAGAAAGUGUCGGGGUUAGUCUUUUUUUCAGGCCUGCAUUUUUUMGGGGGGUUGUGAAUUUUUCCUUUUGAUUUGCUGCAGGAUUUUGAGUUUUUUGAAAUUUUUACAUUUUGGUUACAUCCGUGAGUUGCAAUCAACCAUUUCAACAAUAAUGCAUUUCAGCUCCAUCAAAGCUGAGUGUGAAGAGGUUGCCAGACUGAUCUGAUAAGGAAAGCCUGAGUUGAUGAGAUUAUUCACCCACUUGCUACCGAUUUUGCAUCUGAAGAUCUGAUUGUAGAUAUCUGUACUGCUCUGCUAACAUAUCACCCCCCCACACAGUAUUUAAACAGGCACACGCAGGCUGCACAAAUGGCUACUCUAUCCCACAUCCAGUUGUUUGACAUGCAGCACAUGACACUAAAUGGCAUUAAAGAAAGGACUAUUACACCUAGAUUUACUUGUACAGUUGGAUACAGGCAAAAGCCAAACCACAACACUCUACAACAAGAGUGGAGUACUUCCACAUGGUUUCAAUGACAACAUUGUGUGCAGGCUUUACUGAUGACCGACACUAAAUGAAAUAGCCGGUGCUUUGCCAAAAUAAGCCUCAAUGCAAAGAAAAUGAAUGUCUGUUGUUUUUUAAAAACAUGGAAUUAAAAAGCACAUUUAUUUUGGAUGGUCCAUGGCUUUCACAAUUUCUGGAAUGGCAAAAAUGAAAAUAAAGAGAUGCUUAUGUUUUUGUC